AUGUUUUUAAAUCUCUCGAUGAUCAUUGGGGUGUUCUUUGCUCUAGCUAUUCUUGUGCAAUUUGUUAUCAAUUCAGCCUCUGCAUCGAUAGUCAAGUUUACCAUCCCAUCAAAUAGCAAAAAAUGCUAUUCAAUCGAAAUCCCCGAUAAGACUCUUGUUACCGGACACAUAUCAUCGCGAACUACCACGGUUAACCAAAAUGACGGAAGCAGGCAGGCUGCAAUAGUAUCCUUCAUCAUUGAUGAUAGGCAAGGUGGAAAAUAUUAUCACAAUACCAAUAUAAAGGAGGAACCAUCCAACUUUUCCUUCAGGACGCACGGCGGGGCCAAAGAGUAUCAGCUUUGCGUGGCAACUGACCAUUUUACAACGCUAACUAAUGACAUCGAGCUGGAGGUAAACAUGAACGAAGAUCUCUUUGACGCCACUGCUUCGCAUGAUUCCGCGCUGUUGCCGGAAGAGGCAGAGCUCAUCCAUAUGGAGUCUGUUAUGAAGCAUAUUGUCGAUGAAUUGGACCAGAUGCAUUUUACGGAAAGAGACUUGCGCGAUACCAAUGGUUAG